GCCGUCACAACACCUUCUCCCUUCCUCCUUUCAGCCAACGUGCUGCUCCAGCCGGUCUUCUUCUUCCCUCUGCUGUCCAUGGCAUGCAGCAAGCUGGGAGCUCUCUCCUUCUCCCAUGGCGCAGCGUCUCCCUCCCCCAAGCUCUAGCGCGCACACGGCAGCAGCAACCAGCAGAUUUUCCUCCCUCUGCUGUCCAUGGCGAGCAGCAGCCCACACCAUCUUCCCAUGGAAACCAGCAGCGCGCAGGAGGGCGGCAAGGCUGGACCGACGCCCCUCUGUUGCAGCCAUGGCACCUCCCUCCCUCUCUGCUCGUGUGCAGGAAACCCCCUUAAGCGCAGGGAACCUCGGCCCUCCCAUGGCUGCCGACCACCUCUGCCCCCUUGCUGUCCCACCCCUUCUCCCUCAAACCAGCGCCCCCCUGCUCGCGUCAAGGGUGGCCAGCUCCCUGCUGUGGCCGACCAUGGCUGCCCAGCAGCAGGAGACUUUCUCCCCUCGGCUCCCCCAUCCGAGCACCCAAACAGUGCCCCUCCCUGCUCCAUUUUUGCUGUUCCUGCGCCCUCCUCUGCCCACAGCGGUGAACCCCUCCUCGCUGUUCGUCGUGGUGCCUGCCAGCUGUUCGUCAAAAUGCGCAGCAAGCCGCGCGCUGCCGGCUCGCUGUUUCGUGAAGCCCAGUGGACAGCACGCCGUCGACGCUCACCGUGGUUUGCUGUUUUUGCGCAGCCCCUUUGUCGUCGUCGUUCACCCCCGGUGAGACCGCGACGAUUUAUGUUCGAUUCCGCAUCGGGUUAUUUUCCUAUGAUUAAUUGCGUAUGUGCUGUUUGGUUUUUGUUUUGUGGAGGAGAGGAACCCUGCGUUUUGCGAGAAGAAGGCCAAUCAUUCAACGCUCGUCGGAUGUUUGGAGCGAUGCACAAAUCAGAAUCACCGUCAUUCUUGCAAACACCGUUUGGGUUUGUUUAUAGUACCGAGAGAUGGUGAUCGUGCACGUGAUAUGGUGCCAACCACAAGAUGCAGUUGGUGGACGACCUGAAGAAUGGUGGACUUACCCAGUAGAUGCUCGCCAAACGAGUACCUCCCCCAACAAACACUACCUAAGUGUUAAAUUAAAGGUAUUCAUUGAUUUGGUUGAUGGUGUGACUUGGCCUCCAUCCCUGCCACCGGGAUAGAUGGUCGAGUGGGUUACUGCUUCCGCAGGAGAGGACCAGGAGGAGUAGCGUGGCCAGGCUUCGCCAUGUUACUCGGUUUUCUCCGUUAGUUAUUUCCGCUGCAUUAAAAUUUAUGGUUAUUAUUUCUGAAACUCCGAUAAUGCAAUCACUAAUGAUACUUAUUAAAUUUGUGGUAUUAUGCUUU